GGCAAACUCGUGGUGCUGAGGAGGAUAUUAGUCGUGAUACUAUAGCAAAAAGUGCCGGUCGAGCGCCUGCAACCUGGUCUCCACAGACUUCUACUAGCGGCGGGUCAUGGAGCGAGUCAUGGACUGCAGGCGGGUCUCUCUCCCCCCAGGAACAAAGCGGAGGAAGCCAUUAC